AUGACUUUGUAUUUCACACAAGAUACCGGAAACCUCUCCACUGAGAAUUUCUUCAUGAUGUAUAUGGCUACCAGCAUCCUUGAGACCAAUUUUGUAAUGUUUCCUGACGUGAUUGCUGAUUGUACAAAGACUUUCAAAUCAUACGAAAGAAUUGACCAAUUUCUCAGUUCCCCAGACAAUGAUUUCACCAUUGAUAAUUGCAAGGAUUUUGCCCUUGUCUUGGAAAAUGCUUCAUUUCUUGCUGCCGGCCUUCAAAACUUAAACUUGACUGUCACACCAGGAGAACUCAUUGUCAUCUGUGGAAAGAGUGGAAGUGGGAAAUCUGCAUUGCUCCAAUCCAUGAUUGGGUGUAUCCCUAAAACAUCCGGAUCGUUCAAACGGAAGCUCAAAGUGGCUUAUGCCCCUCAGCAGCCAUGGAUCAUGAGUGGAACCAUAAAAGAAAACAUCAUCUUCGGCAAGAUGUUCAAUGACAAACGGUUCAGCCAUGCUACCAAAUACAGUGCCUUGCAGGAAGACUUGAAUAAGUUGAAGGAGUCGGAAGAAACCAAAGUCACGGAUCAGCUCUCUGCCCUUGAUGCCACGUCCAGUAAUUACAUCAUCAAUAAUCUGUUUGGCAAAAGAGGAUUGUUAAAUGAAAUUACCAGAAUCAUUGUCACAGAACCCAACAGUAAAUGGCUGUCUGAAGCUGACCAGGUGAUAGUGAUGGACAACGGCCGGAUUGUGGAGAAAGGAUGUUACAGAGAAAUCCAGCACACCGCAAGUUUCAAGGAACUUCUCACCAAGCCCACCACUUCAGAACUGGAAAAAAGGUCAAUGGGAGGGGAAGCAUCAGCAGAUGGUCUUCAGAAGAGUGCAUCCCGAAAUUUGACCCCUAUUUUCCAAAAACUAAACACCGGGAGAAAACGCGCAUCAUAUAUUAUUUCCAUGCCCUUAACAGAGAGGUGUUAUAGCUACGCAGAGAACAGCAUUGAGAAAAAGUUCACAAGUUUCUAUAAAAGAGCACAGAUUAGUUCGUCAUACAGAAGAUUUGCAAGGGAUCUUUCCAGAAGAGUCUACAUGGAGGGUGCGAGUAUGCAAAUGUCAUCCAUUGAAGCAGAUGAUUCUCUUCAAAACUAUGAGCUGAAACCUCAAGAAUUUCGCAAAUACUUGAAGCUUGUUGGAAUUUCUAGUAUUCUGGUCACUUUUAUGAUGGCUGCACUCUACCAAGCCACGAAAGUGGUCAGUGGCGUGAAGCUAGAGGAUUGGACAUCCGACUUCGCCAACAAUACACAAUCUAAUGACCUCUUUAUUUAUGGGCCCUUUGGAUUAACUCAAGCACUUUGGCUAGGUCUGUUCUACGUCACCACCACCCUUUUUGCCAUCAAAGCCAACAAAAAAGUCCAUCUGCAGAUGACCGAAUCUCUUUUGCUUUCUCCUCUCAGUUUCUUCUCUGAAAAUUCCAAAUUUGAUGUUGAUUAUGAUUUCUUUAGCAACCUCGGACAAAUUGAUGAAGAAUUAUUGAACACCUACAAGAUGUGGUGCAAUGCCUUCUUAGAUAUAGUUGCCACAUUCUUUCUGAUAUGUCUGCAAUUAAAUAACCUAAUUCCUAUCGUUGUUUUAUUGAUGAUCUUCCUUGGCAUACAAAUGAAAAUCUACAUCCCUGUCGUGAUAAAACUGCACCAGAUGUACAAUCUGUGCUCCAGUAAUAUGUUGGAGCACAUUGCACAGACGGAAACAGGAGGUGACGUGAUUGCAGCAUUCAGUAAUGAGAGCAGCUUCGUUAAGAAGAACAAUCUGUGUGUGGACCAACUGCAGAGGUAUGCCCAUGCCAUCAUGACAGCAGAGAGAUGGUCUGCAUUCCUCCUCCAGUUUGCUGGUAGCAUUGUGAUAUUUGGUGUGUGUAUUUAUGCAGCCUGCAAAAGAAGCGGUGAAUCAAUCGGCCUCAUUCUCACUUACUUAAUCAAGGUAUCCAAAUCUCUGGACUGGUUUGUCAGAAUGACCUCUCACAUCGCUGUGAUGAAAGUCUCUGUUCAGCAAAUCAACUGCCACAUGAGACACAAAAAGGAGAACAUAGAUUUUGAAGGGAACCCUUUCAAGAAACUUCCCGAAAACUGGCCAGAAAAGGGUGAAAUAGAAUUCCUUGAUUUCUCUGCUAAAUAUGAGAGUGAAAACACCUGUUGUUUGACUGGAGUCGACCUCCUUAUAAAACCUGGAGAAAAGGUUGGCAUCAUUGGUAAAUCUGGUUCCGGUAAAUCUUCCCUAGUAAUGGCACUAACCCAAAUGGUCAAGUCUCCCCAUGGUAUACUCAAUAUUGAUGGACAAAACAUCUUUGCAGCUGAUCCACAAGAUCUCCGCUCAAAGUUACUGAUUUUUCCUCAGGACUGUGAAUUAUAUUUGGGGACUUUACGCACAAACCUUGACCCCUACGGAAAGUUUACAGAUGAACAGCUCCGCGAUGCAAUGAGGAUCACUGAGCUUGACUUAGAUUUGUCUAAGGAUUACUCUAAUGAUGCUGAAGUCAGUUCUGGUAUGAAGCAGUUGAUAUAUCUUACAAAAUGUCUGCUAAAGAAAUCCAAAGUGGUCAUCCUUGAUGAAGCAACGGCCAGCGUGUCACAGAAGAAGAGUAAACAGAUUAUGAAGAUUAUAGAGCAGAACUUCCAGGACAGCACCAUAUUGUGUAUUGCACACAAACUGGACAUUGUGCAGAACUAUGACAAAAUUCUUGUGAUGGAAAAUGGAGUAAAUGUGGAAUUUGGACCACCACAGCAGUUGUUGUCAAGGAAGAACAGUUACUACUAUAAUAUGUUUUUAUUGUCUGAGAAAUCAGGUUUGCUUGAUACAAUAUAUGAAUAAGAGUUCUCAUGUUGUGCUGAGAGAAAGAGAGAGAGAGAGAGACUGGGAGGGGAACUUGAUGGUAUCUACCAUAUUUGAUGGCAUCUAAGACACACUAGGGGCACCAUAUUUCGUUGUACAACCAUAAUAUACCACAAAGUAUAUCAAACGUUUUUAUGAGUCAAUACGGUGUUCUUCUGUGUUAGCAGUGCUAUUAAAUCACAUAUUAAGGUUAUCUCUACAGAUUUUGUAUAGAAAUUAUAACCAGUACUGAUUUCGUAUCAAAGACACCUGAUGUAAAAUAACAAUGAGAUUGAUGAUGAAAAUGGGUAAUGGGCGUAUAUUCAUAUUUCUGGAGUGUUUGCUUCUUCAUCAGCUCCCAUCCAACCGAUUAACCAUCCAUGAACUCGUUGCUUACAUAACUACUAAAUAUAGCAGUGAAACAUGAUCGGAUGUAUCAAUUUUACAUAUUGAACAUAUUCCUGGAAGCUUAUAUGUAAAUAUUAAUGACUUGUAGGGACACCAUAUUUCGUUAUUCAACCAUAAUAUACCACAAUGUAUAUCAAACGUUUUUAUGAGUCAGUAUGGUGUUCUUCUGUGUUAGCAGUGCUACGUUAGAUGUAUUCAGAUACGAAAUGACAUAACAAAUCAGUGCUGGCUGUAAUCUGUAUAGAAAAUCUGUAGAGAUAACCUUAAUAUGUGAUUUAAUAGCACUGCUAACACAGAAGAACACAGUACUGACUUAUAAAAGCAUUUAAUAUACUUUGUAGUAUGUUAUGGUUAUAUAACAAAAUACGGUGUCCCUACAAGUAAGUAACAUGUAUGUACCAGCAGCCCAGAAUGUUUUUAAUCUGUAAAAUUGGUUUUUCCAAUAAUGUUACAUUGCUAUAUUUAGUGGUUAUAUAAAGGGAUGAGUUCAUGGAUGGUUAAUAGGUUAGAUAGGAGCUGAUGAAAGUGCAAAAACUCCUGAAAUGUGCAUAUACACCCAUUACCUAUUUUUCUAUCUUUCAUCGCAUUGUUGUUUACAUUAAACGUAUUCGGAUAUGAAAUGUCAUAACGAAUCAGUGCUGUCUAUAAUUUUUAUAGAAAAUCUGUUGAGAUAAUCUCAAGACUAUUUUUUCCCGCAAAAAACUGUUUAAAAAGAAACUCACCCCAGGGCCUAUGUGCAAAGUUAGGCCUCUGAAGCUAAGUUUUGACCCCAUAAUCAUGGAGGCUAUUUUCAUUAUCGUAAUUUCUUUAUGUUCAGUUGUAAUCUUCAUCUGUUAUUUUUUAUCUUUUGCGUGUUUCAGUCAUUAGACUGUGGCCAUGCUGGAGCAGCACCUUGAAGAAUUUUAGUCAAAUGGAUUGACCCCAGGACUUAUUUAUUUUUUUCAAGGCUGGUACUUAUUUCAUCAGCUACUUUUCCCGAACCCUUGAGUUACAGGGUCAUUAACACAGCAACACCAGUUGUCAAAUGGUGGUGGGGGGACAAACACAGAUAUGAAGACACACACACACACAUAUAUGAGUGAGUGGACAAAUGAGAGAAAAAGAAUGCGCUCAACACAUUUAGUAAGAGUUACAUGUAUCAUUAAUUAAAACGUUUUGAUUUGGUUUCAUGUGACUUAAGGUUUCUCAGGCUUCUUGCAGAAGCCUGUCUCACUCAGGCUCAGAAUGCUGAAUGCAUUCAGUAAUCUGAGCCUAAAUGAAAGAAGCUGCAAGAAAAGGAGCCCCUGAUAUGUUUGCUUAAGUGACCUCUAAGCUAAACUGACCGUCUGCAUAGACAAAAAGGGUCAAUUAUUAUGUAUGUAUGUAUAUAUAUAUAUAUAUAUAUAUAUAUAUAUAUAUAUAUAUAUAUAUAAGAGAGUAUUGUAGUUCGCUUGAAGCAUUGUGUAUUGUUUGUAAAGAGUAAAAAGUUUUGAAUGGUACAACAAUGCACUAUAAUACAAAAACAUGGACUAUAUACCUGUUGUAACUUAGUUAUCCAUAGUCCGAUGAUAUUUCGGAAUACAAUUCCUUCUUCAGAUAUUCUUAGAUCGAGUCACUGCUAUAAUCGGUUUUCCAAUGGCUUUUCUUUUUUUGGAAGCGUCUCAGCAGUGGUCUCACGAAGCUCCUCCCAGAAUUCCUCAUGAGAAGUGCAUGAAGUCAGCCAUGUCUCAAUCUCGUGUGUGUUGGUACAUCUGUAGCUCUGCUUCUAAGUUAUGUAUUAUACAUGCAGCUUCCUUUUUUCUUCCCUCUUUUCUUUUUUUUUUUGUUAUAAACAAUAGAUGAGCAUAUCACAAAUGAACCUAUACGCAUCCAGAUGUAGCUAAAUAAUAUAUUGAUUACCAGCCUCCAGUCUGUUGUUAAUUUGAGGUUCUAGUCUGUGUAAAAACCCAAUUUUUUUCCCCAGAUAUGUCCCUGUGUCGUUUAUGCCAUAAAAUACUGUAAUUAAUCUUGAAAUUCGUUAAUCAUCCGACCUCUGACCCUUAGAAUUUUACUUUCACAUCGUUUCCAAAGAAUAUUUAGUUUUGGAGAGGGUGGUGGUGGGAAUUAACUUUGAAGUAUUGUUGUUUUUGAAAUACAAAAUUGUUACCAGUUCAAUAUGCUUGAAACUGUUUUGUCAUGGAGAAAAUUUCUCGCUGUAGACAUAUAGGUGUAAAAUACACUGAGUCAGCCCACAGCAUCGCUUAUCCAGACUGUGGAAUGCCUGCAUUUCAGAGUGGUUAUCUCCCCUUCAGCAACAGAUACUGAAAAAGCAGCUCUGUGAACUGACACAAAAAACAGGUCCCUCUUAUGAUAUUCCUGUCAUCGUUCAGUGACUGGUUGAGCGUGAUUGAUCUCAACGAAAAUUCAGCAUUUUUCUAGUAAUCAAAUAUAUCAACAUUUUAGCCCUCAGGCAUUUUUAAUGUCCACAAUGUUUUAUUUUCACUCCACCCUAAAACGCACAUUGUAACAUGUGUGUAAGAAAUAAAUGGCUCCAAAGUUUAAACCAUUGUUCAUCUUCAUUAUCACAGUGGUGAUUGCAACCCUGCUUGCCUAGAUUUCUACAUGAAGCAGCAGUAAGUGUAUUUACACCUAUUUGUCUACAGGUCCAAAUAUUCCUCAAGCAGAUUUGAACCGAUAACGAGUUUGUAGUUAUACAUAUCACUGCUUAGCACUGUCACCCCGUGUCAUUGAAAUGGUACCAUAUACUUUUCUACUCUAUGCAGAAGGCCCGAAAUUUUUGGAGAGGGGUGGGCAGUCGAUUAGAUCGACCCCAGUACACAACUACUACUUAAUUUAUCAACCCUGAAGGGAUGAAAAGCAAAGUCGACCUCGGCAGAAUUUGAACUCAGAACGUAAUGGCAGGCGAAAUACUAUGAAGCACUUUGCCCAGCAUGCUAAUGUUUCUGCCAGCUCACUGCCUUAGAAUGGUACCAUAUACAGACAGGGGCAGUGGGGGUACUGAAUUUUAUAUUCUUUCAUCUGUUUUGCUACCUUUACUGUGGCCAUGCUGGUGCAAUGCCUCUUCAAUGCUGCAGUACUGUUUAUAAGUCCAAGGUGGUGACCUGGACAAGGGAAAUCGUCAGCUUAGUGAAAUGCUUAGUGGUAGUUUAUCUGUCUUUACGUUCUGAGUUCAAAUUCCACCGAGGUCGACUUUGCCUUUCAUCUUUUCAGAGUCGAUAAAUUAAGUACCAGUUGCAUACUAGGGUUGAUCUAAUCGACUGGCUGCCUCCCCAAAAAUUGUGCCUAGAGAAGAAAAGAACAUUUCCCUUGGCCUUUGAACAACAAACAGCUCAGUGGCUGGACCUGCAUUUGGAGAGAAUUGCAAACAGAUGCCACCAUCAGGACAGGGGCAAACAUACACACACAUACCGAGUAAAAUAUAGACAAGCUUCCUGCCACGUGUCAUUAUAUAUAUACCUGAAGGGGUGCUGAAAAGUUCCUAGCUUCAGUUAAAAGAAAAUACAGAAGGAUCAGUUAAUCACUCGCUUUUUGCAGUGGUCCUUCAGUUUUUUUAAGCCCUGCAAAAGAACUCAUACGGUUGGGCCACCAACCAGGCCUUUCGUGAUACUCUUAAAGCCAAGAACUUUCCAGUACCCCCUCAUAUGUAGGCACAGUCAUGCCUGUGUGGUCAAGAAGCUGACUUGAAUCAGGUGGCACAUUAUACCCUUGAGCAAGAUGCUUUGUUUCGCAAUGGUUUGGUCUACCUAUCUGAAAAUAGGUUCCUAAGACUGCUGGAGGGUUAAACCUGCACUGGUCUGAUGUCCCCUUCUGGGACGAUUCUUCUCCACCACGGAGACUGGAAUAAGCUUUGACCUAAUAGGGCUGUACAAUGAAGAGAGAGAGAGACUUGAAAUACAUAUAAAACAAACAUGCAUGCACACACAUAUGUAUGUAUGCUUUAGUGUAUAUAAUGUAUGUUUGUAUUUUUAUUCAUAUGAAGCAUUUAAUGACUCUUUAACAGAUUGCAAAAAAAACACAUUUUUAAAUAAAAUUCUAUGAAAUUUCUAUUAAAAAAAAUAAAGACAACAAUGUCCAAAUAUUAAAGUAUUUAUUCAUCUCUAA